AUGUAUAACAAAGACUCCUAUCCCAAAUACAAAUUCGCCUAUGGGGUCAACGAUCCUCAUACUGGCGACCACAAAUCCCAAGCUGAGGAAAGGGACGGAGACGCUGUCAAGGGCUACUACACCGUAGCUGAUCCCGAUGGCACCCUUCGUACAGUCCACUACACUGCAGAUGACCACAACGGGUUCAACGCAGUCGUGGAGAGGCAAGGUAUCCCGGUACACCCGGUACCAGUUGUGGAGAAGGUUGUGGUGGAGCCUGUGGUCUACGAAAAGGCCCCUGCCAAAUACGAAUUCAAAUACGGCGUUGAAGAUCCCCACACUGGCGACAAGAAACAACAAUCCGAAGUCAGAGUAGGAGACGUGGUGAAGGGAGAGUACUCCCUAGCCGAACCAGAUGGUACCAUCCGCGUAGUCAAAUACACCGCUGACCCGCACAACGGCUUCAACGCUGUAGUCAGCCGAAUUGGUCAUGCAGCUCACCCGCAGAUCGUUCAAAAGGCAGUCGUAGCCAGCCAUGGUUUGGGCCUGGGACUAGACGGUUACGGAUACGGACAUUGA